GGAGGAAGUAACCGGAUGUGACGUUGCCAUACAGCUGCCUAUUUCGUCUUGGCGUUUAUAUAAAACUGUACAAAUGAUCAGACUCUAUUUAUUAGGAUUUCGUUUCAACGUGUCUAUUUAUAACCGCUGUGAUUAAUAUUAGCUUGAGUUUUCUCUCCAGAAUGCAGUCAGCGUCCAUUAGCAAAGUGUUAGCAGUUAGCUUAAGCAUCACAGAGGCUAACGGUAUACAGGGUUCAUGUCUGAGGGGAACAAGGAGAGUUUACGCCCAGAGUUUGUGAAGAAGGCUUCUGCGCACACCACCCCCACCCUGUUGUCCAUCUGAGGACCGACAGCCUGGGGACAGUUGGACAGUGGAGACACAGAACUUAGGAGCGAGCACCCUGAUGUUAAUUUGGAUCUGGUGUGAAAGUUGCAAACCAGGUUUUCGUAAAGGAGAUUUCCAAUGUUACCUUUUCACAGAAAGUGUAAUUUGGGCAGUUUUGACCAGCAGAGUCCAGAGCAUCUCCUGGUUAAAGAAGAAGAGGAAGAACUUUGGAUCACUCCAAUAGGAGAGCCCUUUUUGAAGAGAAAAGAUGAAGAAAAACAUCACUUAUCAGAGAUUAAUCACAUCAAAACUGAAGAUAACAGAGAGACAGACGCUUCAACCAGCAGCUCAACUGAACAGAUGGAAACAAAACCUGAUGGAGGGGACGGUGAGGGACCAGAACCUGUUUUGAAAUACUGCCUCCAGCUAAAAACUGAUAAAAUUGCUACGGAUUCUUCUGCAACUGAAGUUAGUGAUGAUGAUAAUGAUGAUUGGCGGGGGCCUUUGUCAGGCUGUGAACCAGAAACUAAAAAAAACCUUAAUAACAGUGAGAGAACAGAACCUCAGUCACAGUCUGGUAAACUGUUGGCCUCUGAGCUAUUUCCUCAGACAGAAAAAAGCUCUUCCAAUUGCUUACCUCAGAAGAAAUGUGUUAGAGUCAAAGAAAAAGUGUACCUCCAUUCAGUUCCUGAUGGCCACAAGCAAUUUGGUUGUAAUAUUUGUGGAAAACAUUUUACCCGAAAGGGAAAUCUGGAGACGCACAUGCUAGUUCACAAACAAGAAAAACCCUUCACCUGUGAGGAGUGCGGUAAAAACUUUAGACGCCAUUUACAGCUUACAGUUCACCUCAGAAUUCACAGAGGUGAGAAACCUUUUAGUUGUGAUUUUUGUGGUAAAGGUUUUAUGGUAAACAGUACUUUACAAGCACACAAGAGACUCCACUUAGGGGAGAAACCAUUUAGUUGUGAUGUUUGCGGUAAAACUUUUCAUGUAAAGAAGAUUUUGAAAGUGCACAUGAAAGUCCACUCAGUAGAAAAACCAUUUCAUUGUACAAUCUGUGAAAAACAAUUCAAGUGUCCAUAUAUUCUUAAAAAACACAUGAGCGUUCACACUGGGCUGAAGCCAUUCGUUUGUGGUGUUUGUAGUAAAGCCUUCUCACACGAACAAACUCUGAAAACUCACAUGACUGUUCACACUACAGAGAAACCGUUUGCAUGUGAUAUUUGUGGUAAAAAUUUCAAAUAUAUGUCCUAUGCUCGAAGACACAGACAGUUUCACAGUGGUGAAAGUGGACAUAGCUGCGAUAUUUGUGGGAAAACAUUUAUAUUAAAACCUGCACUCAUUGCACAUAGGAGGAGCCACACAGGAGAAAAACCCUUUUCCUGUGACGAAUGUGGAAGAAAGUUUCACGUUAAGGCAAACCUUAACCAGCACACAAGGGUCCACUCAGGCGAGAGGCCAUUUGCCUGUGAUGUUUGUGGUAAAAGAUUCAGCAGAAAGACGCAUCUUAAAGUCCACACUCGGAUACACUCAGGAGAAAAACCAUUUCUCUGCAAUAUUUGUAAAGAAAGAUUUCGGUUUAAGCACAACCUGAAAACACACAUGAGAGUUCACACAGGAGAGAGGCCUUAUGUUUGCAAAGUUUGCGGUAAAGGGUUUUCACGACAAGAGCAUCUAAACAAACACAUAGCUGUUCACACGGCAGAAUGACUUUUAGUCAUGGUGGCCAAUGCUUGGCUAUGGUUACAAUGCAACAGCCUGAGUGGUUUUUCAUAUAUGGACAUUUGGAUAUGUAACUAUCAGUUUUAGCUGAAAAAAAACCCCCCAAUCGAAUAGAAAAAUAAAUUAAAAUAAAAUGUGAUUGUGUUGAGGAAUAAAAGAAACUCACAUCUCAGUCUUAUUAAAAUUUCGGUUGGAUUACUUGAAACGGGCAGAACAUGCAAGAAAACAUCUCACAGCCCAGUGUGGAGCUAAAUGGUUUCUCAGACUGAAGACAGACACUGUGAGACGGUAACCUGAAGCACCUCAUUUAACUUAUUUUCAUCUAAAGGAGGUAGCACUAUCUGUUGGUGAGAAAAAUGUGAUAAACUUGAUCACCUUUUUGUUUAUCUUUUGAUUGUGGAAUCUGCCUGUAAUUAGAUAUUUUUUUUCCAGAAUUAAUAAAAUUGUAGGAGUUUUGAAUGAAAUUAAUAUAUAUGAUAGCUUACCCUAAUAGUGCUAAAAAGGGCAAUUAUUAUCACACUUGUUUCAGUUUAAUUUUUGACGUAAAAGGAAAGGGUUGAUGAACAACUGGAUCUUUUUUCUGUGCUGAAUCUAAUAGAUUGAGCUCCAGAUUUUUGUUGCUAAAACCCACUGUUCCUCAGAACGCACAGACCUGCAGCGUAUAGGUUUUGUCCUUCUUUAACAAUUGAGUCUGAAGACUUUUUUGUAUAUUUAAAAAAGUUGCUGCAUAAUUUAUUCCUUUAUAUUUGUUUUUUGUUUUUUUUUUUAGUUAUAACAGACCCUUAGGAAAUAAGUCCUUAACAUUAAUUUUGUAUUGGGAAUGUAGGAAGCUGUGCAGAGCUGUUCACACAAGAUUCAUUCAUAAAAAACACCUAAAUAAUAUUCAAAUCUGAAAUUGAGAAAUGUAAAAAAAAAAUAAGGCUGUUUACUACAGCUCUGUGUAAUUCUGCUUUCACAGAUGAUUUAUAGCCAUAGAAUGGUGUUAUAACUGUAAACAUUAAAGAAAUGUGAGAAAUUACCAUAUUUACAGGCUGUAAUAAGCGGUAAAUUAUUCUGUUUCUAAACUUUUUUUUUCAUUUGUAACAUUUUUCUGUUAAACAAGUUUGCACAAUGUUAAACUGUGUAAUACUGACCAAAUGUAACAUGGUUUAAAAAUCUGUAAUAAGAUAUUUUGAUGACUUAAAGAUGUGCCAUGAUUGUGACACACCAUCUCAUUUUCUGUAGAGUUUAUAACAUUUAGUAAAAUCUGUAUGAGCUUUACUCAUCUGUUCUAUUGAUAUUUAAGGUAUAUCCCAUAAUUUCCAUCCAGGCAUUUGAGAUGAACUGUAAAAUAUGUUAAGACGGCCUCCCAGAGUGAAUAAAGGGAAAUGAGAGAAACCCCAAAAGUAAAAAAAAUGUUUCACAAA